GACAUUUGAAACAAUAAUAUUAAGUUAUAAUUUUGUUUGUUAAAUGUCGUGUGUUAAAUGAUUAAAUAGUACAUGUUAUCAACUUAAAACAUGACAAGUCUGUGAAGCCACAUGUUCUUUACCUGUAUGUUGAUAUAUGUGCAUGCUGCUAGUAAAGUUAAUGGUAAAAAAAAACAACACUUGGGCAUCUGUUUGUGAAAAACAUUCAUAAGAAAGAAAAAACAUUUUAGAAAUAAAAAGCACCCUAGAGUCAGGAUUUUGUCAUUUUACCAUCACGAGACACUCAUUACAAAGACAAACAGACACAAAAACUCCUUGCAUUCAAAUCAUUAAAUACAUUUCAACUAUCUGAUAAAAAUAUUUCACAAAAUGUAUAUUUUGUUUUUUAUAGUUAUAAUUUUUUGUGUGUAAUGCUCAAUUUGUAAGACAAAAUUCCUUAUGGAUAAUAAAGAUUAUUAUUAUCACUGUGCACAACUGCAGGAAAUGUCCAGUGCUUUUGGAAGAGAGGUUUUAAGUCUCUCAAACACACUAAUGAAAUUUGACGACAUCAAUGAAUGUAAAGAUAAUUUGACAUGUCCACAAGGAUGUGAAAACACUGUUGGAUCCUACAUUUGUAGCUGUAACAUUGGUUUCAGAUUGAAUACACUCAACACAAGCAUUUGUGAUGAUAUCAAUGAAUGUGAAGAGAACAUAGAUGACUGCUCACAAACUUGUGUCAAUGCAAUUGGAAGUUACUCUUGUAAUUGUUUCAAUGGAUAUACUCUCCAAAGUGGAGUUUGUGAAAAAAAUUCAAGUAAUGUAGAGCUGUGCCAAGCCCUGAAUUGUUCCCAGCUAUGUUUUGUUAACAAUGGUACAGUAAGGUGUGAUUGUCAAGUGGGGUUUGCACUUCAGGGAGAUAACAAAACAUGCACAAAUAUAGAUGAAUGCAGUCUUGCCAAGAAGCCCUGUAGUCAAAUUUGUACAGACACUUAUGGCAGAUUUACUUGUUCAUGUUAUGCUGGUUUUAAACUAGAAGCAGAUAGAACUUCUUGUACAGCUUGUGAGAAGUCCUUCUAUGGUGUCAACUGCAAUCAAUCCUAUCAGUGUAGUGGGCACGGGACAUGUGAUCCUGUCAGAGGCUGUGUAUGUGACAUAGGCUGGGAGGGAGUCAACUGCAACAAUGAUAUUGAUGAGUGUACACUAAGGACAGACAACUGUUUGAUUGGUGAUGUUUGUGUUAAUGCUUUGGGAAGCUAUUCCUGUGUUUGCCCUAUUGGAUAUGUUAGAAAUGGAACUUGUCAAGAUAUAAAUGAAUGUGUUGAUCCUGCCCUAAACAACUGCAACCCACUUAUUGAAGAUUGUGUCAAUAACUUUGGUAGUCAUGUCUGCAACUGUAAGCCUGGAUAUGCAAGAAAUGAUAAAGGGGACUGCAUUAAUAUCAAUGAAUGUGCUAAUGGGGACCAUCAAUGUCAACAAAUCUGUGUUGAUGUGCCUGGAAAAUACAACUGUAAUUGUAACUACGGGUAUAGAUUAAAUGAUGAUAGGCUAACAUGUCUACUAGUGAAAGAUGUAUGCAGUGAUUUUGAGAAACUGAACUGCUCUCAAGGAUGCACAGUAGACUUUCAACAGAACACUUCAUAUUGUUUUUGUGCUGAUGGUUACAAUCUAGUUGGCAAAGACACAUGUGAAGACAUCAAUGAAUGUGAAGUAUCAACAAAGAACUUGUGCAGCUUCAAGUCUGGAUGUGUUAACAGAGUACCAGGAUACAGCUGUUCAUGUCCCCCUGGGUCAAGUUUGGACAAUGAUGGACGCAACUGCAAUAACUGUAGUAGCACAACUUGGGGAGUCAAUUGUUCAAGAUCUUGUUCUUGUUCUACUGGAGCAUUAAGAUGUGAUAAUGUUAGAGGAUGUAUUUGUAGACCUGGAUAUAUAGGAGUUUUCUGUGAUGUGGAUGUGAACCAGUGUACCAAUGGGGAAUUACAGUGUAAUGACAGACAGGAUUGUGUGAGUCGUAUAGGUCCUGAUUCAUGUGUUUGCAAAUCUGGUUACAGACUUAAUGGCACAUUGUGUGAAGAUGUCAAUGAAUGUUUGGAUCCAAGGUUAAACACUUGUCAGCAGACAUGUCAGAACUCUGUUGGUAGCUACAGCUGUGGCUGUUAUAAAGGAUUUGCUUAUAAUGCAUCAACUAACACAUGUGAUGAUAUCAAUGAAUGUGCUCGACAAAUAGACAGAUGUACAAGUGUAUGUAUCAACACAUUGGGCAACUACAGGUGUUCAUGCACACCUGGCUAUGUCCUCAACAGAGAUGGAUAUACAUGUGAUGUGACCAGUGUGUGCACCAACAGUUCACUUUGUCAAUGUAGACUUGUGCAGCUCUAGUUCCUGUAGUGAUCUGUGCAGUGAAACACCUGACAAUACAAGUGUUAUAUGUUCCUGCCCUCCUGGUAAAUCUUUGGCUGCCAAUGGAAUUAUUUGCCAGUCUUGCAGUGACAACUUCUAUGGUAAAGACUGUAGCCAACAGUGUAACUGUAACAGCUUUCAUUCAACUUGUGACAAAACAAAUGGAACUUGUCUCUGUAACAAGGGAUGGACUGGUCCAACAUGUGAUGAUGAUGUAGAUG